UGCAGGAGGAGUUUGAGUGUGAUGUCAGUUGUAGUAUGAAGUGUUUUUUUUUUAAAUUAGGAAGUUGAUAAAUGUCAUUACAUUAGACAUAUAUAAACCUGCUUUUGUUCUAGAUAUUUCUUUUCUCUUUGUUAGUUGUUUGCACGUAAUAAUCUUGUAUGAACGGUGCGUCUGCGUUUCAGACAGAAACAUCCCUGUUGGAUUGCUGUGGAGGGCUAAAUAACCUGGAUUACAACAAGAUAGACAUGUCAGUGAUGGCAGAAGUCCUCCACUACGUCGAUGUGACAGAUGCUCAAUUUUCUGUAGCUGUUCUUGCCAUUAUUUUCAAUCCAUUCUUCUGGAAUGUCGUGGCCAGAUGGGAACACAGAACCAAGGGUCUCACGAGAGUCUUUGGAUGCCCUUACGCCGCCUGCUACUGUCUGGCUCUUCUCAUCAUUCUGCUUAACGUCUAUCGCAGUCACAGUUUUACCAUGGCUAUGAAUUCACAGCCUAAGGCCGAGCUGAUGGAGAGGUCAGAGAUGUUUUAUGCUGGUGCCAUCCUGGUGUUUAUCGGCUCUGUCUUUGUCCUCAGCAGCUUCUACGCCCUCGGAUUCACCGGAACCUUCUUAGGUGACUAUUUCGGAAUCCUGCAGGAGGAGAAAGUGAAUGGAUUCCCUUUCAACGUCAUGGAAAAUCCAAUGUACUGGGGCAGCACAGCCAUUUACCUUGGACUGGCUUUGAUGCUGACAGUCUCCGAAAUCCUAUCCCUUAUAUGGCCCUGGCGUCUACAACAGCUGAAUUGUUCCAGAAAGCACGAAGCACCUGAGUGAUGCACCAACACAGCCUAUGCACCACAUCUACUUAACAUCUGUGCACAGCCAGAAUACUUGCUUGAAUCGACUGCUUUCUACUCCCGAGAAUACAGGAAGCCACAACCAGUGAAAACUUUCUUUUGGUGCUGUGCUGAGAUAAGCAGCCAGAGAUUACGAAGGAAAUAUCACGCUAUGUUUUUCAGUCGUGCUUGUGAUAAGCACCGUGUGGUUUCAGACUUGAGAACCGAAGCAAGGGGAAAGAUCGAUGCGCGCGCUGGACGUUGCACCGUGAAUUUGCUUGAACUGAUAUAAAAGUCGGCCACAUUCGGGUUGUCAGAGGUCAUUGAACGGCUGGUUUUGACCUUAAAAUGACCUUGUUUCUCUCCUGGCUACUCUUAUUCCUGGAUAAUGCACAGCGACCUACAGAAGCUGCUUAUGACUGCCCAGCUUGACUAAGCACAAGUGCAAAACGUACGGUUACCUCAUGACCUUGUUUCACUCGGCAUGUUAGACUGACAAAACAAGUUGGGAAACUAAAAUUUCAAGGUCAUUUUUUUUUUCUGCUUGUUUGAUUAGGCAGCUAGUCGCACCCCUUGCAAGACCCCAAGGUUCCACUUAAUUUCUUUGUUUAACUCUUGUUGUAUUUAAAAAUUUUAAAUAAUAAUAAUAAUAAUAACCGGGGUUAACAGCAGUUAAAUUACUCAAAAUCAAAUAUAAUGUCAUGUUGUUAAUAAGGUUACUAUUGUACAGUAGGUGAUAAAGAGAGAUGCUAAAUAUUAUUUUUUAUACAUGGAAUAUGUAUCCAUAAUAAUAAUUAUAAUUAUUUGUAACAGCUGAUUAAGAUCAUUGGGUCAAUUAGAUACUAAAGACUAAAACUGCAACUAAAUUACCAUCUUCUGCUUGUCACUUUUCUGAAUUUAUUCUAAGUAAAUAGUUUUACUACUGUAUCUGGUUAUUGUCAGUCUUUUCAAAGGCUCUUAAUGAACAAAUUCUAAUAGAGCUGGAUUCAAAUUCAAGAUGUUGGAAAAGGUCAAGAAGAAGGAUGUAAUCUGCUAAAAUUAUGAGAUUUUUUCCCCUAAUGUGAUCUAAGCAAUUUUUCCCAACUGCUUGUUUUGUGAAGACUAUGCAAGAUAUAAUAACAGUUUUUGUUAUUUCUCAUACUUUUUGGGUCUCUAUUUGAUUCAAUGAACACCUCCUAGGCUGUUUUACAGGCAUUUUUGCAAUAAUUAAGUUAGUGUUAUGUGAAAGGCUCCAUUUUUCUUCCUGUUAAAUUCAGGAAACUGGUCAAUGGGUUUUGAUCGUUCAGUAAUCAUGACAGUGUGGUAGAAAUCAUUUUGACCUUUCUUAUAUUAACAUCUUCCUAACUUUAUCAACUGUAUGUUGAAGACUUGUUGAAUUGUAUUUUACAUAACUUAAAUUCAAGUUCUGCCAGGGUUAUAAAUUACUUAAAUCAAUGUCUAUUCGUAAUAUAUAAUUAUUAUAUUAUAUCUAAAAUAAAGAUACACAUCAGUUUUCAUUGACAUUGGAGUGAUUUCAGAGCCAAAUCCAAGCGUGACAAUUUUACUUUCUUUUUCUUUUUUUCCCUGCAAUUUAACUCCAUGGAAUUCAGCAUGGAUCAAGAUCCACAGUUUAGGUUCUGCAUUUUUACCUGCCAAGAUGCAAGUCAAAUUAACAAAAUAGAUUUUUUUUUACCAGUCAGUAAUCCAGUGCUUUUAAUUCUAACAAUCAAGUCCGAAAUAUUUUUGCUCCAGAGGAAGUUAAUGAUUGCUCAAAUAAAAGUGUGGGCUCAAACCUCA